AUGCAUAAGCUCGGCAAGAAGACUCGCUCCAGGACCGGCUGUCGCACAUGUCGAAUCCGCAAGAUCAAGUGCGACGAGGAGAAAUUGGCCGUCCCCGGCCAGCCUGAACCGCAAUGCCGGCGUUGCACCGCCGCCCGCAUCCUGUGCGAGUGGAAGGGCGGCCCUAUCCCCCGGCCUCCUGCCCGGAGAAACGCUCCCGCAUCCACGACCAAGGAAAGCCCCUCCGCGACGACGACGACGACGACGACGACGGCGCCGUCGCCCUCUCAGUCUUCCAGGAUUUUCACCCUGUCGUCCCCCGGGGGCAAAAGCAGGACUGUGCAAGCGGCCAACUCGCUGGUGCUGACCGGCUUCGACCGCUCGUGCAUCGCCUACCUCCAAGAUUCCGCGCUGGUCGUGCUUCUUGGCAAACACUGGCCGUGGUCCGCCAUGUCGUACGCCUACCACAAGAUCGCGGUCCGGGAGCCCAUGGUGAUGAGCAUGCUGCUGGCGAGCACGGCGAGCGAGAUCCGUCGCGCCCAGCUCUACGACAGCGACCAGCCGCGGGACGCGGUGGAGACGGUGGCGGAUCUGGGGGGUCGCAUGCAUUACGGACGGGCGCUGGCCGGUCUGCGGGAGGCAUUGCGGCCGGAGGUCGAGAAGUCGUCGGAGCAGCUGGAGGCUAUCUUCAUCACUUUGUGGCUGAUGAUCGACUACGAGAACCGCUUCGGGAGCGGCACCGCGGCCAUCAAUGUGCACAUCCGGGGAAUCGAGAGCUUGCUCUUCAACCAUGUCGUUCCGCUGCUGAAACCUACUUCAUCGGCACCCGCGCUUAUCGCGGAGAGUGGAGGUGCAGGUGCCGGCGCCUUGCCCUGGGGAGAUGCGACGAAGACCGCUGUAGAUAGCACUCAGAAGACGACCAUGUUGCCGACGAAUGAUUUGCCUGGUCUGGCGACCAGCAGACUCCGUCACACCGCGGUGCCACUCUUCCUGCUGUGGACGCUGUACUUCUUCACCCCGGGGGCCCUCUUCUGCGGGCCUGCGGCCGCGCGACUCGACGCCGACCUAUUCCGGUUCUUCAUCCAGGACGAGGCCGAGCAGAGAGGCUUGAGCCUGGCGGAGCUCUACCGCAUCGGCCGCCAAUCGCCCCGCCGCUUCUGGGGCGACUCAUACCCGACGACGGCCCAGCUGGACGACAUCGAGAACCAGCCCGCGUUGAUCCUCUACCACCGAAGCCAUGUCAUGCAGUUCAAGAUCACCGAACUCUGGCGCCAAGGCCAGCAGACUUCGGAGAAUUCCCUUCCUAUCCCUUCAGAUAUGCUAAAUCCCCACAAGGAAAACGACAGCAUCCUCACCACCGCCCUGACCGCGCCAGCCUGCGACACUGCCAGCCGCCGCGUCCUGGAAACCAUCUUCUGGGCGACCAUCACCUUCUACGGCACGAUCGUGUACUUCCACCUCUGCUUCAAGGACACCGUCCCCCCACCGCCUGCCACCAAACAAGCCGGGUCACUUCUUCCGCCGCUGGAAACCGCCGUCAACCAGGUCCUCUCUCUCUCGCUCAAACUCCACCGCAGCCGGCCCCACCUGAUGGUCCGGAUCAUCUGGCCGCUGUUCAUCGCGGGGAUCGCGACCCCGGACCGCAUCUACCAGGAUUGGGUGUCGAUACGGCUGCAGGAGCUGGGCCGGUACGGGCUGAACUACAGUCGCGUGAGUCGGCGGUUCGAUGAGAUAGUCAUCCAAGGGUGUGAUCCGUGGAAGGGGAUUCGGAGUUUGGGCCGGGGGUAG